AUAAAUAAAUACCAUAUAAAUACCUACCUACUUAGCAAGUGCUAUGUAUUUUGUUAUUUUUGUAAGAUAGGGUUAUUUCUUUCUAUCUGAUUGCAUCAAUUUUAAGAAUAAGUGUGUUUUCAUCAAUCUAAUUCAUGUCUCUUAUAAAGAAAUCUAGAAAUGAUGCCAUCAAAGCAGCAGUUACAUCCUAUCUGGAAAGACGAAACUAUCCUGACAUAGAUGUGUUCAGCAAUACGCAUUCGUCGAACCAAAGCGCUGAACAAAUGGCAGUAGCCACGAUUGUUCAGUGUGAAUCUAGUCGUGCUAAUUCUAUUCUAUUUUCUUGUAUUAACAAUGAUUUCGCCCAGUACGACAUACAGUAUACAAGUUGUUUAUUUUGAAUAUUGCAGGUUAGUAAACUUCAUAAAAGAAAUUAAAAUUGAAAAUGUCAAAAAUGAGUUAUUAGGACUGUUGUGUCCUUUACUCUGUCACUUGUACCUGGAAAUGCUACGAGGUGGUCAUAGCAGCGCAGCACAAGUAUUUUUCAAGCGACAUUCUGCCACAUUACCUCAGAAAGAUCUCUCGUUCCACCAACCUAUUGAUGGAAAUCUGCCUUCGGCAUUGUACCGCCCUAACAGCCUGGAGCAAUUAUUUAAUUCUCUUCAAAAUGGUACCAUUGACAAUGAAACUCCUGAGAAAGACUAUAUGAAUCAAAUACUAGAUGAUAUUGGAACAAUUUACACUCUACAAGAAGUUGAAUCUCGGCCAACUAUUGCUGCAUUUAGGUCAUGUAAAUAUGAUAUUUAUUUGUCCCAAGAUGCACUGAAUAUGUUAAAGGCAUAUCUCGCUAAACAUGGACAUGUGCUUCUAAUUCAAGUGCUGCAGACAUGGUUUCACAUUGAUGUAAAUAGUGAUGCUAACAAAAAGAAUUCUGAGGAUGAAGAAGAGCAAUUAGAGGAAAUGAAUGUCACUGUUAACUCUGAAGAAAAAUCCUUGGAUGUAAAAGAUAUUUUUGCAAAAUGCAAUGGACAUGCAGAAUAUCAAAAUGUCGACAAGGAGUUGAGAGACUUGCAAGAUGCAAUUCAAGGAGUUCGGGAAUCUCUAGCACCCCUCAAGCUGUACAAAAUAGCGGCACCUGAUACUCAUCUCAUUUGUGCAAAAACAGACGCCAACUGCAACAUACUAUGUGGAGGAUUCGGCAACUCUGAGAUUAGAUUGUGGGAUCUAGGUCAGAACAAUGUGAGAAAAAGAAUGAACAAAAAUAUAUCGGAAAUAGAACUAGCAUGUUAUAUGCCCAUUGAACCUGCAGUAGAAGAUAAUACUUUACAAAUAGGCGCGGGUUUGCCUCUGAGGGGUCACUCUGGUCCGAUACAAGCUGUCUGCGUACUGUGGAAAGAGGAGUUAAUACUCUCUGCAUCAUAUGAUAAUACAAUGAGAGCAUGGAAACUUAGUGACUACUCUUGUGCUUCUAUUUAUAGAGGCCACAAUUACCCAAUAUGGUGCAUGGAUGUGUCAAAAAACGGCCUUUACAUCGUCACUGGAUCUCAUGACAAAACUGCAAAAUUAUGGUCCCUAGAUCGCACAUUCCCAAUUCGAGUUUUUGUUGGUCAUACGUCAGAUGUUACUUGCGUGAAGUUCCACCCGAACUCGGCGUACAUAGCGAGCGGCGGCGCGGACCGCAGCGUGCGGCUGUGGACGGUGUGCGACGCGCGCCUCGUGCGCGUGCUGUGCGCGCACCGCGGCGUGCUGCGCGCGCUCGCCUUCGCGCCCACCGGCAACUACCUCGCCAGCGCUGGAGAUGACAAAAAGAUAAAAGUAUGGGAUUUAGCUGCGUGCACUUGCGUCCACGAGCACAGAGGUCAUCACGGGAAGGUCACAGCGCUGGACUGGUCUGCAAUCGGCAAGCCAAGCCUCACCAACAGAGUAGCAGCUGACCCCGGGGAUUUGUCUAUUGAAAAUUCCUUGCUGUGCUCUACUGGCAUGGACGGGAUUGUGAAAGUCAUGUGGGAAAACCAAGGAAAGAAUAAACAAGUGUGCACCCAAGAUGUCCAGUCAGCAACUUACAACACAAAAUGUUCGUACCUGGUAGACGUGCAAGUGCACCCAGAUUGGGUAUUAGCUAUAGGAACCAAAAGAUAAAUUAUUCACAAUGUUAUGUAAAAAAUUGCCGUCUAUCUCACUAGUCGCAUUGAGUUGUAGUCGCAUUGAGUUGAGUAAUAGGCUAACUGAAAUGAUUCUGUCCCAGUAGUCCUAUGGGCCAAGUGGUCAAUUGUGAAGUCAGUCCUUGCGUAAGGGACUCUGUAUCCCAGUAGUUAGGAAUUGGGUGACAUGGUCCCAGUAUGUGAGGACUGAUCACCCAUCUGGUAUGUUACACUGGUGUUCCCAGCUAGAAAAUAAAAUAAUACAUAAUCCUAGUAGUUCCAUUCUCUAUUUCUUGCAUACUAUUCUCAUUCUUAUAAAAAUUGUACCUGAACACUAAAAGACAGUCCAUGUUAGUAUUUUUGUUUUAAAGUACAGUUUUUAGAAACAGGAACACCCAACCACAUGUCAAGUUAAUCUGCAUGAGACGGUAAGCAGAUAAUGUCAAAAUGUCUUCAAUUUGAAUACUUUCUAAACACUUUUUUAUACUUUUAUAUAUAAUGUGUAAUGUAAAUAAAUAAAAUUGUGAGUAGAUGAA